AUGGCUAUUCCAGACGAAUUCGAUAUUAUUGUUGUUGGUGGUGGAUCCUCCGGCUCCUGUAUUGCCGGUAGAUUGGGAAAUCUUGAUCCAAAUCUUACUGUUGCUCUUAUCGAGGGUGGUGAGAACAACAUCAACAACCCAUGGGUGUAUCUUCCAGGAGUUUACCCAAGAAACAUGAGACUUGACUCCAAGACUGCUACUUUCUACACUGCCAGACCUUCCAAGGCUUUGAACGGUAGAAGAGCUAUUGUUCCAUGCGCCAACAUUCUUGGUGGUGGCUCCUCGAUCAACUUUUUGAUGUACACCAGAGCCUCUGCUUCGGACUACGACGACUGGGAGGCCGAGGGAUGGACCACCGACGAGUUGCUGCCAUUGAUGAAGAAACUCGAAACUUACCAACGUCCUUGCAACAACAAAGACGUUCACGGAUUCGACGGUCCUAUCAAGGUCUCGUUCGGUAACUACACAUACCCACACUGCCAAGACUUCCUGAGAGCUGCUGAAUCGCAAGGAAUUCCUGUCGUUGACGACUUGGAGGACCUCAAGACCUCGCACGGUGCUGAGCACUGGCUCAAGUGGAUCAACAGAGACUUGGGUAGAAGAUCCGACUCUGCGCACGCUUAUGUGCACCCAACCAUGAGAAACAAGGACAACCUCUUCUUGAUCACCUCGACCAAGGCCGACAAGGUCAUCAUCGAGGACGGAAAGGCUGUUGCUGUGCGCACUGUUCCAAUGAAGCCUCUGAACCCAAAGAAGCCUGUUUCCAGAACUUUCAGAGCAAGAAAGCAGAUUGUUGUUUCUUGCGGUACCUGCUCUUCUCCAUUGGUUCUGCAAAGAUCCGGUAUUGGUGCUGCUCACCACUUGCGGUCUGUUGGUGUUAAGCCAAUUGUCGACUUGCCUGGUGUCGGUGAGAACUUCCAGGACCACUACUGUUUCUUCACUCCUUACUACGUGAAGCCAGAUGUUCCAACGUUUGACGACUUCGUCAGAGGCGACCCAACUGCCCAGAAGAACGCAUUCGACCAAUGGUACUCCAACAAGGAUGGUCCUUUGACCACCAACGGUAUCGAAGCCGGUGUCAAGAUCAGACCAACCGAGGAGGAACUGGCUACUGCCGACGAAGACUUCAGACAAGGUUACGCCGACUACUUCGCCAACAAGCCAGACAAACCAUUGAUGCAUUACUCUGUGAUUUCUGGAUUCUUCGGUGACCACACCAAGAUCCCUAACGGAAAGUUCAUGACCAUGUUCCACUUCUUGGAAUACCCAUUCUCCAGAGGAUUCAUCAGAAUCACCUCUCCAAACCCUUACGACAGUCCAGAUUUCGACACCGGUUUCCUCAACGACGAGAGAGACCUGUGGCCAAUGGUCUGGGCUUACAAGAAGUCCAGAGAGACUGCCAGAAGAAUGGAGAGCUUUGCAGGAGAAGUCACUUCUCACCACCCUCAGUACAAGGUGGACUCUCCAGCCAGAGCCAAGGACUUGGACUUGGAGACCUGCAAGGCCUUUGCUGGUCCUAACCACCUCAGCGCCAACUUGUACCACGGAUCCUGGACCGUUCCUAUCGAGAAGGCCCUUCCAAAGAACGAGUUGCACGUGACCUCGAACCAAGUGGAGCUCUUCUCCGAUAUCGAGUACACUGCCGAGGAUGACGAAGCCAUUGUCAACUACAUCAAGGAGCACACCGAGACCACCUGGCACUGCUUGGGAACCUGCUCGAUUGCUCCAAGAGAGGGCAACAAGCUGGCUCCAAAGGGAGGUGUCUUGGAUGCAAGACUCAAUGUUCACGGAGUCGAGGGCUUGAAGGUUGCAGACUUGUCUGUUUGCCCAGAUAACGUUGGUUGCAACACCUACUCGACUGCUCUGACCAUUGGUGAGAAGGCUGCCACUUUGGUUGCCGAGGAUCUUGGAUACUCUGGUUCAGACUUGGACAUGACUAUUCCAAACUUCAGAUUGGGAACUUACGAGGAGACCGGAUUGGCCAGAUUCUAA